UGAAAGUGUCAGUACGACGAAAGGUUCUAAUCUCAUAGUUAGCCUAUUUGACCACUAUUUGGAAAGCAACAGUUCUGGAGAAGACGUGAUGUAUAUCCACGCUGAUAAUUGUGUAGGGCAAAACAAAAACAAUAUUUUGAUGGGUUACUUAGCAUGGAGGAUUUGCGAACACAAAAAUAAGAAAAUUGUGUUGUCUUUCAUGCCAGUAGGUCACACCAAAUUCGCAUGUGAUUGGGCAUUUGGUCUAUUGAAAAAAGAAGUUUAGAGUAACUAAUGUGUCAUCUCUGUCCGACUUAGUUGAUUGUAUUGAAAAAUCAACACCAUCUAAACGUGUAAACUCAGCAGUUAUGGUUGGAAACGAAAAAGGUGAAGUAGCUCUAAAAACCUAUGACUGGUUACGUUUCUUUCAAAACCAUAGUGCCAAAAAGAUCGCUCACAUUACGCAAUACAACCAUUUUGAGUUUAGUGUUGAAUACAAAGGCAAAGUACACUGCAAAACUGAGCUAGAUGGGAACGAGUUUGUGCAUCAGAUAUUCGCUUUACAAGAUGGACCACACGGCUUCCCAGAUGAAAUCAUCCCAGAAGGAAUGACACGGCAACGCAGGGAAUACUUACAUAAAAACAUCAGGCAGUAUUGUAAAGAGGAGUUCAAGGAUACGUUAUGUCCUCCAGUAGAACCUGAGCAAGCUACAGAAGCAAUGGCAGCAGCAGAUCCUGAGCCUGACAAUCCUGCUGCAGUCCUAGGACCUUCAAAGAAGCGCCGCAAGCGUUCAGUCUAACCACUACAAUAAACAAAAUUUGGAGACAUUUGAAAAAUACAAAUAUACCAAUCAAAAGACAAUAGUAUAAGCUUUAAUUUUAUAUAAAAUUUAUUUCUUAAAUAUGAUAAAUAAAUAUUUUAUACCUCUUUGAAUUGUUUAAAUGUGUUUUUCUCAAAAAUCCUUAUUUUAUUUUUUAAAAUUCAAACCAUGAUAACUCGGUCAAAUAAACUCGUAUCAAUAUGAUUUUUGCACCGAAUUGUUAGAAAUUAAUUGCUUAU